UAAACUUUACUAACGCGCACGAUCUAAGCCGUAUGGCAAUCAUUUUGAAAUAUUUCUGAUAGGAUACGUAUUAAAAGGCAAGUUGAAGUUAGUUUGACAUAACUUGCUUACAGUACUGCUGGAAUAUAACUUGUUUGGGAUUAUUUCUUGUGGAUAAAUUUUAAAAUCAUUAGUUUACAUACCAGUACUGUAUUGUUGCGCGCUUCAGGAAACAAAACAAGUGAGCAAAAAGCUGUGGAUACUUUUGCGUAAAUUUAUCAUUUUUGAGGAAAAGACAGUGCUAAAAAAAUCAAGAUGGUUGAAGGUGGAAUGAAGUGCGUGAGGUUCCUUUUGUUUGGCUUCAAUUUGAUAUUUGUGUUGGCUGCUAUUGGUCUGAUUGCGAUUGGUGCGUAUGUCCAGAUCGCUCUCAAAGACUACUUUGACUUGAUAGGGGGGAAAUUUAGUACAGCAGCAGCAUUACUAAUAGCGGUCGGUGUGAUCAUAUUCUUCAUUGCUUCCUUCGGCUGCUUUGGAGCAUACAGACAGAACAGAGUCUGUGUCCUCAUCUUCUCUGCCCUUCUAAUCUUCAUCUUUAUCCUGGAGAUCUCUGCUGGUAUCGCUGGAUACGUCUACAAAAGCCAAGUGGAGUCGUACGUGGAGAAAUAUAUGAAGGAGUCAAUUGGAAAAAAUAACACUAAGGCGUGGGAAACCGUGCAGAAGGAGUUCAAAUGCUGUGGUAUCACAAACUCAACUGACUGGAAUGGAAACAUUCCGCAAAGCUGCUGUAAAAGUCCUGCAACUGGUUGCCAGAACAACACAGCCAAUCUUUAUCCCCAGGGGUGUCUGAAGAAGUUCUCCGACUGGGUAGAAGAUCAUGUGGCCAUUGUGGGAGGUGUCGGAAUUGGCUUUGCCUUCAUUCAGCUUAUUGGUAUCAUGUUCGCUUGCUGUCUGGCCAGAGCAAUCAAAAAGGAGUAUGAAGUGGUGUAAACCAGUCUAAACUCUAGAACUAUGAACCAGUCUAGCUUCUAUUAAUAACAACCAAUAGGGUCAUUAGUAACAUGUAACAAUGGAUUGUGGGAAACUGUAGUCAACCUCAGAUUUUGGAAUCAGUAGUUUAAAUGGUGUUAGCUGAAUUUUAAAAAGCUGUGGCCUACUUGACAUUAAAUUUGUAGACAAUGUUUAACCUAAAGCUAGUGUUUAUUAGUUUUGAUGUCAAUAUCUUUGUAUGAACUUCUGCUUAAAGUCUGAUGUUCUGUUUUACACGCUGUACAUGCUUAAAUGUGUGUUCUGCAUUUCAUGUAUCAUUCAUUAUUCACUCUGUAAUUUUCGACCAUUAAUCUUGAAUUCAUUGAUAGCGUCAGAUACUGUGUGAAUGUUAUCUUUGUAUUGGAUACUGGCCUGGCUUAAAUUUAUUGACAAUGAUUUUAAACAUUUUGAAAUAUUGAUGUGACACCAUGUAUUUUGGAUGUGUGUUUUUUUUAAAUUAAAUUGUCAUUUUGACUGUGAACGAAUAUUUACCACCAUAUUUGAUAGAUUAUUUUCAUUUAGAUAGGUAACCAGUCUGUGAAAUUCAAUAAAAACGGGUUCUACGUGUAAUGAGAAUUUAGCCCAUUAUACACUUACUUUUUUUUGUUACCAACAACAAAAUGGCUUACAGUAAAUUGUCAAAUUUAGUUUGUUUGUCCCUUUAAGAAACCAAAGAUUUCAUAUAAUGCACAAUCUACAGCAAAACGAUCUGUAGGACUAGGUACAUAACUUCACCUUCAUGCAACAAUAUUCUAUUUCUAUAUGUAGUUGUGGAGUUCUAGCACUAGGGUGACGCAAUGUAUUUAUCCAUGCUGAUAAUCUAGUCGCUAUCACAGCAUGAAAUAAAGUGUGUGUUUUUUGCCAAGAGUUGGAAUGCCCGUACAGGAUUUCAUGUUGCUCUAGGGAGUGCGCAGAAUCUACUUCUUAAAUCUUAACUUUAUUCUGAGCAUGUUUUCAGUUAAGUACACAAAAUGUGUGUCGGACAUAAAACCCAAAAUUAAAUGUGAAAUCUUAAAAAAGUCUUGAGUAAUUCUUUCAGGCAAACAUUUUUCUCAAAGUAUGUCCCAGUUCAACCACAUACACAGAAGUGCUAGACUUGAUGUACCAUGUAUUCAUUAAUAAAAUGGCCCUAUGUUUAUAAACUUUAAUCAAAGUUAUUGAUUCAAAAGACUUAACAUCGUAACUUUAUUGAUCAUAAUAUGAAGGCUAUCAUUCUUGGGUUAGUUUAUUUUUCUGGUAAAUAUUUUGUUUUGUUUUUCUGGUAAAGGAUGCCAUGUUAAUAGAGUGUAAUAGUUAUAUGCAUGUAUGAAAGGCAAUCUUAUUAUGAAUGAUACUUAAUUAUCCAUCGAUAGUAUUAUUGUUUUAUCAUUUCUUGCUAACUAAUUUCAUUAACAUUACCUGUUUGUCUUAACGCUAGAAACCUUAGUAACCACAGUUAAGCUUUCAGUAUUGUGGCCUAUAUACAUUAUAGAAGGGCAGAAACCUUGGAAAUGCUGUUAAAACUCCAAAAUACCGGUAUUACUGUUCGUGACAAAUAUUUAUUUUUCUAUAAAGAAAUGUUUAGAACUACCGAUUUUAUAAUGUUAAUUGUUUAUAAAUGCGAUUUCACUUGUUAAUGUACAAAAAAUCAAAUUUUAUGGUUUAUGAUAUUUUUGAGAUAGAGCAUUUCUGUUAGACUUGUUUGUAUUUUUUUAACUGUUACAAAUUUUGUGGAAUUGUUGUUGCAAUUUUUGUGUUGAAUAUCUUUUGGAAAGAAAAAUAUGGCUUUUCGUAAUUUUUAAAAACUGUUUUAUUUUCUGAUAUAAGAGCCUAAAAUCUGGUGUUAUUUGUCAUGUUUGUAACAUCUGCCGUGAAAUUAUAAUUGUUUAUAUCUAUUGUUAUUACAAUAUCUUACAUUUGUAUUUUUGAUCAGUUUCGUUUUUGAGUUUUUGACAGUUGUUACAAUCUUUAUUAUUGUCUACAUUGGUAAUAAAUUCUGAAAAAAUCA